AUGUAUACCAGCUGAUGGCUGACGGGCAGCGAGCGGCGGAGCUUCGACGCGGAGGAAAUAAAGAAGAAAAGAGAAAAACAGACGGUGCCUUCCUGCUUCGUUUCUGUUCUGUUUCAUCUUGAACGAAGCCGUCACGCUGCGGAAUGGCGUCCAGAUGAAGAGCUCGGCCGUUUUCGUCGUGUUUGAGCCGCUUGUGCUGCGCAGGCAGGGCCACAACAAACUGGCCUGCCGCGCUGCGCAGCUUCAUGAGUGAAGUUAGCGCCCUAGCUCUCCUGACAACAAACCUUACCGCGCAUUAAACCGGGCUAGAGGAAAUGCUCGAAACCAUAAGAGCCAACACUGCGCCACAAACCAACUAGUGGGGUCUCCAAACCGCAAACUGCGCACAGUUGGCCGGCGGAGUUUACAAGAGACAGAGAUCCACUCACAGCUGACGGAGCUGCAUAUUAACGUUGGCCUCCAAUGUCACACAGCGGAGUCCUCGCCAAAACAUACACAGAGUGACCCAGUGCGUCUGCAGGAGCACCGUCGGAGAAAACCAUGUGGUUAAAACUGUUCUUUCUGCUUCUUUACUUUUUUGUUCUGUUCGUCCUGGCGCGGUUUUUCGAGGCCGUCGUCUGGUACGAAACCGGCAUCUUUGCCACGCAGCUCGUGGAUCCGGUAACGCUGAGUUUUAAGAAGUUGAAGACGAUUCUCGAGUGUCGCGGUUUAGGCUACUCUGGUCUGGCCGAGAAACGAGAUGUCAGAGAGUUGGUCGAAAACUCGGGAGAGCUGAUGCAAGGGGAGCUCUAUUCCGCUUUAAAAAAUGAGAAAGAGCAAGCAGGAUCUGAUUCCAGCACCACUUUCAGCGGGGAGAUGCACUUUUAUGAGUUAGUGGAAGACACUAAGGAUGGUAUCUGGUUGGUCCAGGUAAUAGCCCAGGACAGAAAUCCACUGCUGAGCACAGCCAACUGGGGCAAGAUGGUACAGAAAGUUUCUCAGUUUGGUAUUCGCACUGGCACUUUCAAUUGCUCCAGCGACUCAAGAUAUUGCCGUAAACGUGGUUGGAUGAAGUCCACCCUCAUCAUGUCAGUGCCCCAGACUUAUGCCUCUAAAGGAAAGGUCAUGCUAAAAGAGUAUAACGGUAGACGCAUUGAGACGGAACACAUCUUCAAAUGGAUGACCGCACAUGUUGCUUCUCGCAUCAAAACCAUCCGUUUCUCACAGCAGUUGAUGGACGAUUGGUAUCAGAGAGAAAAACAGCCCGUCAAGAUGUUUUUAUUUGCCAAACUGAUCCAGCCCCCUGCCUUCUUCUCAGCCCUCAGCAUCAAAUUCACAGGGCGCAUAGAGUUCAUUUUCGUUGACGUGCGCAACUGGGACAAUGCCACCUGUUUGGAGGAGAUCGGAGUGCAGCAGAUGCCCUCUUAUAUUCUCAAAACACCAGAAGGUAUCUACAGAUAUGGCAACAGCACUGGGGAAUACAUUUCCCUGCAUGCCAUGGACACGUUCUUACGGUCUGUCCAGCCAGAGGUCAAUGACCUUUUUGUUUUGAGCUUGGUCAUGGUUAACCUCAUGGCCUGGAUGGACCUUUUCAUAACACAAGGAGCCACUAUUAAGCGCUUUGUGGUUCUAAUCAGCACACUGGGGACCUAUAAUUCCUUACUGAUUAUCUCCUGGCUUCCCAUCCUUGGAUUCCUUCAGCUGCCAUACUUGGACAACUUUUAUGAGUACAGUCUUAAAUUGCUGCGCUAUGCUGAUACCACCACCAUUGCCUCUUGGGUCAGAGCAGAUUGGACCUUCUACUCUUCACACCCGGCUCUGUUCUUGAGCACGUACCUAGCCCAUGGCCUGCUCAUAGACUACUUUGAGAAGAAGAGGAGGUGUGGCAACGAAGACCAAAAUGCAAAUAAUCUGGAGUGGCUGUCCAGUCUGUGGGAUUGGUACACCAGUUACUUGGUACACCCUAUUGCCUCCUUUCAGAACUUUCCAAACGAGUCAGACUGGGACGAUGAUCCAAACUUCCUUUUAGAUAGGUUGGCUUUCCCGGACCUCUGGCUUCGCCCACUUGUUCCCAUCGACUACAUCAAAAACCUGCCCACCUGGAGGUUCAAGUGCACUCAGCCAGAGGGUGCUGUCUUAGGGGACCAAGAUAAUCCACCAAACAAGAUGGUGCACCCAUCAAGAGACGAACCAGGUAGUGACCAGCAAAAACAUCAUUACAGCUCAGAGAAUACUCACACUAAAGAUGGGUGUUUGGCUGAGAUGAAGUCAGAAGAGUCCUGGUCUUCAGGAGAGGAACAGGACACCGAUUGGUCCCAGUGGCCCUGCGGCAUGCUCCACUGCACGGAAUGCGUGGUGUGUUUGGAGAACUUUGAAACCGAAUGCCUUGUCAUGGGCCUGCCGUGCGGCCAUGUUUUUCACCAGCAGUGCAUCGUGGUCUGGCUAGCAGGUGGACGACACUGCUGUCCAGUGUGUCGGUGGCCAUCCUAUAAGAAGAGACCAGCCAGACAACCUUAUGCAGAUUAUCCAUCCGAACCAGAAUAGCAUAUGCCAUCGGCUGCAGAUCUGCUUCCUGCACUUAACUUAUAAAAUACUUGAUGUGUCCAUUGUUAGUCUGUAGACCUGUAGAUCCAUGUUGUUGGCUCCUGUUUUUAUUUUCCGGUGGUUUGAAUCUGCAUACACUUUACAGAAUAUAGGCCUUUGUGGACAUAUUAAGUCUAGGUUUGGACUAAAUGUUACUGCUAACUGAAAACGUUGGACUAGCCUAUUUAGUCCAUGACGAAGGCUAAAUUUGUAUCCAGAAAACCGGCCUAAUAGGAACCUACUUUUUUCCUAAUAUGAUUUAAUUCUGUGCUUGUCUGGAAAAAGAAUUGGAAUCAAAUGCCUUGCACUUAGAGAAUAAAUCUGAAAAGUGAACUUGUAAGUAAAAAGAAGUGUAAGGCACUGCCUGCUGUCAUACAGGCAAACCAAUGCCAUAAAUUAAAAGGCAAGUUUCUUUGUAGCUCUUAUAAAGCCUGUUGGUCAGAUGAAGGCAAAAAUCUGCAUACGUGUUCUGUAUCAGAGUUCCAUAUACAUGUUCAGUGUGUCUUUAAUUUAUAAAUGUGAUCAGUUACAGUGUAAAAUUGAAGUUCUCAACUUAGGCCAGGCGUACACUACGUAUUUUAUCACACUGGAGCUGAGUAGUGGUUUGUGAGUUUGGACCACACCCGAAACUGAGCUGGCGACAGAGAACUUGGAGAAGCUUGGGCAGAAGUUCUGGGGUGGCUUGCUGAGAAUGAGGUCCCCUUCCCAGUCUUGGAAGAGUGGGAGGAGGUGGGCUGCGAAGUUUUCGUCAUGGGAAACUAAAGAGAAAUGGGACAACUUAUAAGGCAUGGAUUGUAGGGGAGGAGUUUCGGGGUGGUCCUUCUUUCAAACUAAAGCUAUUUCAUAACUCUGUUUAAACACAACUGAAAUGGAAGUGCUUUCAAAAUCAGGGUUUGAAAUCACAGGUUAGAGUAAAUUAAAUGACAGAAGUCGUACGACUGAUCAUUGUUCUCAUCCCACUGUACACACUGACCUCAGGUGAUAUUCAAAGGUGCUUGUGGAAAUGGUAGAAAUACAUAUCGCUGCUGUUGGAAGAAAACCUCGUAUUUCCAUUUUUGUUUUUCAGUUUUUGGCAUAAUUGUGAAAUGCCUGUUGCUCUUUACAUUGUGUUUAAAUUUUAUGAAGAAUGGAUAAAAAGAAAUGACCCAAAAUGACUUUGAAAAAAAUCUGGUUCCAUUCACUUACAUUAAAAGUUACGUAGGUUUUUUUCCUUUUCCUGUAAAGUUGUCAUUUUGGAGAUACGAGGUUUUCUUCCGACAGCAGAGAUAUGGAACUGUGGCACCAUUACAUCAAUAAACAUUUCCUAGAAGGAGAGGGUAGAGGAAAGAUGCAUUGUUUGUUUCAGCUUCACUUUAAAAUUCAUAAAUGACUACAUUUUUGGUCUGUAUAGCUACAAAACAGCACCAGACAAUUUAAGCAGCUUAACUUUAGCUUGACCUGCAAGCAGACUACACCAACUCAACCAGUGUUUGGGCAAGGAAAUGUGAUCAUUUGAGACGUUCCCUAAUAUAAAAAUGUGGGUUAUGUAGUGUAUCCCCAGCCUAAGUGUGAAGCUUGACAGGGCAUUAUUAGAGGACAAGUCUUUAAAUUGAUUUAAAUCAUGCAAACAUCUGGGCAUGUGGAUCUGAUAUUUAUGCUAUAUAACACAAGUAACAAUAAAAAUUACUCAAACCUGAAAAACUGUCUUGCACCCCAGGCAACAAUGACUGACUGACAUUGACCUGCUAGAGUUUCUGAUUAAAUUGCUUAUUCAUUCAAGCAUGACACUCUCUUUGUCCCUGACCGGAAUUACUGCAUUAUAAUAACACUAUUAACGACCUUAUCCCACCAAUUUACUCCAGCUGUUUGUGUGAAUUUGAAACAUAAAUCGAAGCUUCAGUCUGUCGUGUUGUUCAAUUCAUUAAAGUUUAAUUUUCACAUGC